UGUAGCUAACUCCGAAGCAGUCAACCGCAAUCAGUUUGGAUUCGCUGGAAGUUUUGGGUUUUCCCAUAGUUUACUGGAUUCCUUUCAGUAACGAUUAUACCACAUCGACACCACAACCAGGGCUCAAAGGAUGGCUCACAAAAUGCCGGAAGAGAUUUGCUGUCACGUCGUUGACGACAAUGCCUAUGUAACGGAGGUUGUGCUCGAAGUAAAAAGCCACGAACGUAUUGCUUUGUUCUGUGAGGGUGUGGAGGUUAGCAGAAAGGGUCAACUUUCAGUCAUUAUCAUAGGAACCACAACAAAAGUGUACAUCUUUGACAUUUUAAAACUAGGCAAAGAAGCAUUCAACAAUGGACUUCGAGAUAUCCUUCAAGAUAAAACCAAAGAAAAGCUCAUGUUUGACUGUCGGGAGGACUCGGACUGUCUCUAUCAUCAAUUCAAAGUGCAACUUUCCGGCGUGCUUGAUCUGCAACUACUGGAAGUGAUGUAUCGGAAGACAUCAUCUGCGCCGUCCUCAAUAGAUGGUGCGUGUCCAUCUCGGAGAAGUGAAAUGGUUGACGCCAUAGACAAUGUUACCGGCUUCGUGAAGUGCAUUGAAGUACAUACAAAAGAUAAAGAUGUGCGCAAAGCAAUGGAUAGAAGCUGGAUCGGGUAUGACGGCAAAAAAUGGCUAAAAAGACCUCUGCAACAGUCCAUAGAAGUCUACUGUUGCGCCAAGACAUCUGCAAUGUUCACUCUGUUUGAGAAUCUCAAUGGGCAUGGGGAGAAUCUACCGCGCCUUCGUGUUGCUUCUGAACGGUACGUUAACUUGCUAAAGGACAUACCACAGAGGCGGUUCGAUAGACUAGAGACUCAUACAUUCCUACCACUGGACAUCAUCCAAUUGGAAGGGACUCUGACAUUUCCGUUAGCGAAUACAAAAUGUGUUAUCUGUCAGCGUCUGUUUACUAGGUAAGAAUUCAGUCGGACGCAACUGCGUAAAAAGCAGCAGAAAUGCCGGGUGUGUAAGAAAGUACUAUUUCUUCAGCGCACAGAGAGGAUUCGAGAAAAAGAAUAUGAGCGAGAAUGUUCGAAACGCGACGAAGAUUACAAUUAUCCGUCAGACGAACCUCAGACAGAAUUGCAACAACGGGAAGAAGACUACGACGAAUACGGAAAUCAUUUUGACGAUGACGAGAUAUCAAGCGACGAGCUCGAACACUUAGACGAUUGGUAAUGAUUUAUAUACGGAAGCCAUUUUGACGAUGACGAGAUAUCAAGCGACCAGCUGGAACACUUAGGCGAUUGGGAAUCAUUUCUUACUUUUGUAACUGGUGACUUUAUCAAACAGAUAACAACGUGAUUAUAAAUGUAUUUAUUAAAGGACUUCCCAUCAUUCGUAAUACACAUGUUUUUCUUGUCGUAUUUUCGUGUCGUC